UAGUGACAGGAGCCUGAGGAGAAGGAGGCAGCAGCCCAGGGCCAGGGAGCACAUGGACUAAGGUCACUGAAACACUGCUGCCUCUAGACGCUGGCCGUAUUUACAUGUAUGCUACAUGCAGUGCAUACAGCCUUACAAUGCAUUUGUACACAUCCAUGAUGCUUUGUUACGUCUACUAAUGCACAUUCGCUACAGAGAGACUGAAUGGUCACAUUAUACAUACAUAGCAUGUCAUUAUGAAGAUCUGCACAGUUCAUGUUUGGAAAGCAGUGGAAAAUGACAUUAAUCUCAGUGCACGCACUGUAUAAAUGAGAGGUAGAAGGUACACAGCAACUGUUUGUUGUGAGCAGAUUCAGCUCUGUGUAUAGUCACUGGAUACAAGUGAGAGAUGUGUCCCUGCACUAUGGAUAUACAGUAUAAUACAUCGCCUGUAAGGAAGAGGAUGUGAAACUGCUCUGUGCACUGAUCUCACACAAUGAGCAGGUGUAGGUAACACAGGAGAGCACUGCACUUAUGCCAGCUGUGUGUUGAUAACCUGUCAAAGAGAGAGCUGUACAUAUUUCUUCCUACUUGCUUUUUUACUGAGAGGAUAUUUAUGAAUGAGUUUACCCUCAUCUGUGCAUUGUAUUCGUUCUCGAUAACUCACUGUAUACUUGAGGUUAUAGGGGAACCUUGAGCAAACCCUGGAUUAAUAUGAAUGUUACGUUGGAAAAUUACUAUAAUGUGGACAUUCCCUGGAAAGUAUGUUUGUGCAUUUGUAACCAACCAAUAAUUUGGAAAGCAGCAACGCUGUAGAUUUUGUGUAUAUUGGUGUGGAACAGUCUGAAAGCAGACCUACGCUGGAGUUCAAAGUACAUCAUACAAAAUCUGGAGAUACACUCAACUGAGUAUAGUGGAUUUAAAUAAUUCUCGCCGUCUAUCAACAAACACUAAGCACGCAUUACAUACCCACGUUGGAUGUGUGGUGACCCGUUUCGUUGUGUCUUUGGGAUGGGUGGGAGGCAGAGUAGUAGUACUGGCUCGGACCAUCGGACACGGGCAUACUCUGGCUCAGACAUCCCAUCAAAUAUUGGCCGGGGGCCUAUUAGGAGCCCUGCUGGAGUAGUAACUUCUUCUUCACCCCAUGCCAGGUACCAUUACACUCCAGGUGGACACUCUGUAGCAACUGGGGGAUUAGCAGGGGGAUCAGAAACACCACCACAUAUGAUCAGCUCCAGGAGUCGGUCAGUUGGGGCUAGUCGGAGCCAGGUCCAACUCAACCAAGGAGGAAUGAGCAUACCAGGAGCAGCUCAGGAUUCUGGCAGCAGCACACCAGAGGAGGGAAGCAGAGAGCGGACAGGCCAUGGGGGAGGAGGAUCACGGCUACUGAUAGGGUCACUGCCCUCUCACCUUUCCCCUCACCUCUUUGGAGGAUUUAAGUGCCCAGUGUGCUCGAAGUUUAUUUCAACAGAUGAAAUGGACUUGCAUCUUGUCAUGUGCCUGACAAAGCCAAGAAUCACAUAUAAUGAGGACGUGCUCAGUAAAGAUGCCGGUGAAUGUUCGAUAUGCCUGGAGGAGCUUCAGCAGGGAGACACUAUAGCAAGACUGCCGUGUCUAUGUAUAUAUCACAAAGGAUGCAUAGAUGAAUGGUUUGAAGUAAACAGAUCUUGCCCUGAACAUCCUUCCGAUUAGUUUUCUAUGGUCCUGUAUUACAGGUUUAUUUCUCAGCUUUGUUGAACUGCAAACCCCCAGGAAAAAACAUUUGACUACUGCAGAUACCCUGGGACCCAGCAUAUUUACCAAUUCUACAGCCUAAGACCAUGUUACUGCUGUGAUACUGGGUUACGUACUCAGAAGACAUUGGUUUGCCUCAGACAUCAGUGUGCCAAACAUUCAGAAAAAGGACGCACGCAGGGAUUUACCAAAUGCUGCACUUCAGAAUGACACAAAAUCUUUGUCCCACCAUUCCAUUCAUUUUACAUAUGAAGGCCAAAGUUAUCACAUUUUCCAGCGUUUGUUGUUUUUUUUUUUUUUAUUAUGGAGCCAAUAAAUUUGUUUUUCUUUUUCACAAAUGAAACAAAGAAAAGACCAUAAUAUAGAAUUGUAGACUUAGCAUAGAGCAUUUCAAGAAAGAUUUUCCUUAUUCUUUUUUGUUGUUUAAUGCCAAACUGAAAAUCAAAUGUUAAUUAUUUCUGUAAGGACUCUUAACAAACGUUUAUGAGGUAAAAUGUUGAAUUGUGUUCUGUAUUGCUUCAGUGCUGUAAGAAAUGUUGUACCUCUGACAUUCUAAAAUGUGAACGCACACUGGCCUAGAUUCACUAAUGGCUCUCCAGAGAAGCAAACCUUUCCAGUUUACUUGUGAUUGUUUGUUACAAGUAGUUCCCGUUGGAUUGUAUAUUGGAAUUUUUUUACCACAGGAGAGCCUUUUCAUAUUUGGUGAAUCUAGUCUAGUGCCUAAAUAUAUCAGAUGCCUCUGGAUUUAUCAGCUCAAUUACUCUCAAUAUUAAAACAUAUCUGUGACUUCCAUUUAA